GAACGCGCCGCGAUGUAGUCGUAUUCGCAUCGCUCCGUAUUUAUCGCGAUUAUUUCCGCGUAAAAAUGAAUCGCAAGUGUCUCAAAACAAGCAUCAGACAUUCGUAUUACCGUAGUAGACACUGCUAUUAAACGUCAAUAUCGCGAUAUCGACGGAUCGGUUCUAUCUGAGAUCGUAAAAAUAUCUACAAUUUCUCUGCAAAAAUUGUAAUUUCGCGAUUCGUAUAUCGUACGAACAUAGUCGCUGAAUUCGUAGCGACUACGUCACGCUCGCGAACCGUCAACCGUCAAGUACGACGACGGAAUCGACGGAAACUAUAUCGCGACAACAAGAAACAUGGCGGCAUUGCGCAGCUCCGAACGCGAAGAGGUUGGGGCUGGUUAAAAGCGCACCUUCUUAUACGCAUUAUUACACGCGUAUCGCAUACAGCGCGACGCCCGCGAGCCGCUUUGACAGAAUCGGGAGAGUGAACACGCGAUGAGCGCGCGCCGCGCUCUGUGACAGAUUAUGUGCGGUGUUUUGUGACGAAAAAGAAAUCCGCCGACCUGGGAAAUCUAUCUAUAUACGUCCGGAGAGUAUCAUCGCACGCGCAUCGACGACGUACAAUUAUUAUUCGACAGUCUCUCCAGUUUCUGUAAGGAAAACUUUGAAAAAUGAAGGAUGAUGUGGACGAAGAUGACUCUGGCAUCUCCUCAGGCACGUCCUCUUCAGGUACGUCCGUACCUGAAAGCACCGUUUCAUAUGGAGUUGUUGACGCACCAAUUUGUGACGCAGUGUCAAAAUCGUUGUCAACUCCCGGCGAGCAAUUUGCGGAUGGUAGGGAGAGCUGUAAGUGUUAGCCUAUCUUGUUGACAAUCACGGACUAUCAAAGACCGGCGAAAUUCAUAGAUCAGUGAAGACCGCAUCGAAAAAGAACACACUAGUCUCAACUUACUUUGCAAGUUCUAGUGAUACGGUGCUUGCGCAUUUGUGAAAGGACACAAUACCGUGUGCGUCGAAAGGAAUAUUUCUACUUGCGUAGAAAUGACGGAAGAUUCCGCGUCGGUAUCUCGCUGAUCGGUUAAUGAAGCUCGACGAUAUUCACGAAACGAGAGAACUUUAUCAUCGCGCGAGGAAGCUCAUCGAAUAAUAAAGCGCGAUUAAUCGCUGACAAAUCGGCUGAUUUUAAUUUGUCUGGCAAACAAGUUAUCGCUGCUGCUGCAACUCGUCGUGCGGUCCAUCGAUUACGCAUCGAUGUUGACGAGGCAUCUUUAGAUCACGCUGUCUAGAUCUUCCAUAAUCUAGUAAACGACAUUGGAACACCUACUGCAAACUGCGAGCAAUAUUUACCAGUGUUACCGAUUGCGAGUAUUCGACAAACAAUAAACAACGAUAACUAUAAAUAAAGUGUUAAUAACAAUCAUCGUACUGUGACGUUAAAACUGCGAUUAAAAAGUUGCUAAAGAUCGUUUUCGACGCGAUGACCAACAACAGUGGGCGAAUGUACUUUAUCCAAAUGCAGGGAUGAGAGAACUCUUUGAGAAAAAAAAAAUAUAUAUAUAUAUAUUUGUAUAUCUCAAUGGAAAAGUGCGUCUCUUUCGUGAGAUACAACAUGUGGCAGCAACAACAGCAGCAGCAACAGCAGCAAGCGUACUUGAGGAGUUUGCCCUCGCAGCAUCUGCAACAACAGACUCUUCACCCGGCAAUCAUAGGCACGGACGACCGCGUGCAUCGACAACAUCAUCAACAUCAUCAUCGCGCCACCAUUAUGGAUCUGCCGGUACCAAGUAACCCACGUGCAUCGCGAAACAUGGCAGAAAAGCAACGUCGCGACAAUCUCAACACAAAUAUCUCGACGAUGGCGUCCCUUGUGCCGAUUGUCGCUGGAAGUUCGAGAAGGAUGGACAAAAUAUCCAUUCUAAGAUUAGCUGCCGCCUUCCUGAGAAUACAAUACAUAUUCGGACGUCGCUCGAUGAAUUUUCUUUCCCAACAGUUCAAUGAGUUCGACUUGGAGCAAUACUUUGUCGACCAUAUAGUUGACAGCGAAGGGUUCUUCCUCAUAGUCACGGCAACAGGGAAAAUUGUCUACGUCAGCCGACAAGUGGAGCAUCAUCUCGGCCAUGUCCAGAACGAAUUGCUGGGUCAAUCUCUGAUCGAUUUCGUCCAUCCCGAUGAUCAUGAUGAGCUUAAGCGAAACCUUAUAUCCGACGACAUGCAACUUACGACGACAUCCUCGCCAACUGGGUCCGACUUGCACGAUUACAAUUCCAGCUCCUCCGACGAUUCGACGACAAAUCACAACAGAGCAAACGAGAAGAAUAAGCAAUUCCACGAGCAGAGGCGGAGGUUUAAGAUUCGCAUAGCUCAGCGCAUCGUGAAUAGACGUGAACACACGCAAUACGAAACUUUUGACAUUUCGGGAGUCCUGCGGCUCGCGGAAGCUUGCAAGAACGCAGAUAACAACGGGAACCGAGGGAGACAUCGAGAGAUAACGGGCACCAGCAACGACAUUAUUUUCGCUGGCGUAGCGACCUUACCGAAGAAACGUCCCAUCACCGAAUUGUCAAUAAUGGAUGCCACGAAAGAUGAAUAUAUGACACGGCAUUUGGUCGACGGACGUAUCGUCUAUUGCGAUCAUAGGGUGUCCAUCGUUGCCGGCUAUUUAUCGGAGGAAGUAUCUGGUCAGAAUGCGUUUGGCUUUAUGCACAAGGCUGAUUUAAGAUGGACAAUGGUCGGCCUACGGCAAAUGUACAGUCAUGCCGAAACGUGUGGCACGUCGUGCUACAGAUUACUCACAAAAUCCGGUAAAUUCAUCUAUCUGAGGACACAUGGUUACUUGGAGUUCGAUAAGAACACGAAAACGGUGGAAUCUUUCGUUUGCAUUAACACCUUGGUAUCGGAAAAAGAAGGUAUUCAACUAAUAAAAGAGAUGAGAGAAAGAUUCGCCGCGACUCCAGCUAGUAAAGGUCUUAUAAAGAAUUUCGACAUAAAUUCACCGAUAGAAUUGGAUUUGAGCCAAUUAUCGAAUCCAGAAGGCAAUCUCGAAGAAAAAUCACAGCUUGAAGAAGCCAUCAAUCACUUAAUUAGAGACUUACCUUCCGCAUCGGAUGAUAAUCCCUCACCUUCGCCGAAGACCAUCAUAUUGUCUCCUGAUACGCUACCAUUCGCUGAGCAAACAAAUAAAGUUGAUGUCGAUAAGAUUGAUUCUUGCACCGUUUUGCAAGGCAAAGAUGAUCAAAUUCCGAAGCAAGAAUCUAAGGAACAUAAACAUACAUUGGAAAAUAAUAAUGUCAGUAGCGCGGAGCAAUGCCCAAUAUCGGAUUCAGAAAGCAUGAUGAAUGACGCGCAUAAUAAUCAUAAUAACGUCCAGAAUGUCGAUAUGUCUGUACAAUCGAACAUUCUUGCGACCACUUGCGAAGCUAAUAUGAAUCCUUGUCAAAGCGUACCUCUUAAUCAUAUAUCACGCUUGGAUGUGUCUCAAAACGUGAAUGGUUUGAACGCACAGGUUAAAAUAGAGCAGCGCGACAAUGUGCUGUCACCAAACGCUCUGCGCGAGAAUGACAUUAAGCUAAAACGCGGGAUCGAGACCUUCAAUCAUCAAACGCAGGAAUUAGUAGUGCAAUACUUUGAUGACAGCGCGAGCGACAGUUCGGUAAUUUCACAAGGGAUCGAAACACACAAUCAACAAUCAAGGUAUAUGUUGAAGAGAGUAUGUAGCGACGAAGAUCUUCCGGCAAUACACAGCAAGAGGAGGUCUAACAAUAUGUUGUAUGCAUCGACGAAUGCCAACGACGAACAACAAUACGUUUCUUAUGUGAACUGUGGGACUUUUACCACCGACGACAAGUAUUCGGCAGUCAAAUUCAAUCAAUACUAUGAUGUUAACUCGCAGCCACUGCUCAUUGCGGAGUCACCCAAUUCAAGUCUUGAUCACGAAAUCGAAACAGAAUUUCAUCAGCUGGUAGAUCCCGCCGCAACGAAUAUCGACGAAGAACAGUAUUUGCAGGAUCUUAAGAACUACAUCGCCCAAAAUUCGGACCUGAGUUCACAUUCAGAGAUCAUGAAGAUAUUUAAUAAUCUUCAUAAUGGGUCUGUAAUAGGUUUUGAAAAUCAUUUUAAUGAAGCAAAAUUACAGCAGUUUUCACCUGACCAUCAAAUUGUCAAUGAUCAGAUAAGACGCACGUGUCGCCAAUUAGCGAGCAAUAUAAAGUUACAAGAGUCCCAAAUCAAUAUGUUGGCAAGUGUCAAAAAUUCGGUCCUUCAUGCUCAGAGAGAGAACUUAUCACAAUUACAGAUUGAGCACAACAUGCAAAAGCAAAUGCUUAAAACUUUGCAACAAGAUCAUCAUAAAAUGCAAAUUCAUACCAAACACAACUUCGGAAUAUAAGAAAUCAGAUACUUUUCCAGAUCGUUUCACGAAUUUUACUGAAACCAAUGCAAGAAGUUCAAAGCGAGCUUAAUAGAAUACUCUUCGGAACUGUGUAUUAAUUGAUAAGAAAUAAGCUUUAAAAAUUAUUUUUUUUGCGAAAGAUUUCAACAAAGAUAUCGGCGUAUGUGCAAUUUGCAUAAUAUUCCUUGUAUUGUGGUAUUGUAUUUCUGGGAUAUUUCUUCGUUUUCGCGAAUUACCGAUAUCACAAAUAUAUUAUAAAAAUGUCUAGAUAACCGUGCCAUCGGUACAAACAACGAACAGAGAUUUGCAUCAGCGCAAAUAUCGCAUGUGAAAUUGCUCAGUUCACGAAGAAUCAAGGUAGGUGUUUAGAUAUGCUGAUGAUUUAUCUAUCACUAAAGCAAUCUGCUUCAAUCUAUAUUUUCCAUCCACCAGAAAUGGAAAAGAAACGAGUGAGAAAAGACAUGGGUAAAAGAACUCGCAUAGAGAAUGUCGAGUGAUUAACGUAUAUAAAUGUUUUUUUUUUUCCAUUUUUUGAACUCUGUACGACUAAGAACUCUUAUGAGUUGCCGUAUGAAAAAUCAUGCACUUUGCUCGCUAAUCGAUCAUGCAGAUCGUAUAAAACCGUCGCUGAACGGUCCGUUAUAAAUAACAGUCGCUCUUUAAGCAGAUUUCCUGCAGCGACUGAGUGUUACACACAGUUGAUAAUUUUCAAAUUUUAUGGUAGUAAAUCUGUACAUAUAAUAUACAUUCGAUUUUAAUGUUAUGCGGUGCUUUACUCGCUAAUUUACUUGUUCGCGACAAGUCCGAUCGAGUUUAAACUACCUCUGGUUAUGUAUAUGUGAUUAUGCAUGUAUCGGAUGGAUACGAAAUCAGUUAGCUUUAUUGGUUGUAAUUGUGAACCCCCCUCACAUUUGAUGUCAAUGACUAAUGUUGUUUAUCUUUUUAUAAUCGUGAAUCAAUGUCACAUCAAUAUAGAAAACGAAUAAUUCGAGAAAAGAGGUAAUUUGGUAAUUUUAUCGAAUGAUGUUUUAAGAGAUCUUGGGAAAAUUUUAUUACGUAUUACUUGUGUGGAAAAGAGAACGAAAUUUAGAGUAUGUCUAUGGGGUUGCCACUAUAUAGGCCAGAUGUAUACCGAUCCUACUUACAGUAGAAAGGUUUUACAACUGCAUGUACCUGAAUAAUAUUUACAUUUAAAUGUCCUAUAAUAUUUGGAAACUAAAAAUCUAAUCAUGUGUUGUUAAGAAAUGCUGACAAAUAUAAAUUCAGUCAUUUAAAAACAAAUCUCAUCUUUUACUUGAUUAUCCCUUCCUAUAUUGUCACAAUUAUAUUGUGUUGUAUAUUCUUCUGUAUUUUGUAUUCUUAAAAUGUGGUAACCCUAAGUAUGUCUCUAAAUUUUGAUUACAUUAUUAUAUACAUGCAAUAGAAAUUUUUAAAAUAUUUUCAAUUUACAACAUUAUAUAUAAAUACAAAAAAAUAUUGAAUACAAUAAUUUAAAAUAUAAAUAAAUAAGAUAUAUCCAAUAGAAACAUUUAAAUCAAUUUUUUACAAGAAUGAACAAUUUAGCUAUAUUCAUUAUUUAGUUGAUUGAUUAGUACAAGUAACACACUUUUAAUGCAAAGUUCUAUCAUGUUUUUUUUUUUUAUAAUUUGCUUGAACGACUUUUUUCACUGACCUUGUUAUCCAUCCAAUAUUAUGUUACUAUGCGAAUAUACAUUAUAAACUAUUUUUAUUUCAUCGGUAGUUGACCUCCGUAUUAAAAAAUAACAAAUAGUGAUGUGGAAGCUACAUGGUUGACUUAUGUGUGUCAAUUAAAUUAGUGAUAUAAAUACACAUUAAUUAACCGUGUUUUAAAGCGACUACUUAUGCCGCGGGUCAGCGUGAAUAUAACCAUAUAUUGUAUAUUGUAGAAGUGUUUAAAGGGUAAAUGAUAUUAAUAUAAGAGAAUGACGCGGGAGAGAGAAAAAUUGUCCACUUAUGUGAACAUAUUUAGCACAUUGGCACUUAACAGAUCUACAAAUUUACUUAAAACCAAUAUACAUGUAUAGAUAUAUGUAACAUAAGGCUGGUCCUGUAAAUAAAGAUGUUGAACAUGAUCUUUUUUUCUUUUUUUUUUUUUUGGAAUUGACAGUGUUCUAAAUGCCGCGUACUUUUCUUUUUCAUGUACUUCUUACUCCAUCAUUGAGCAUCCUCGAGAAUGUAUAUCUGUUAUUUGUAAUGAUGUGCUAUCUUUUUUUUAAAUAUUAGGUUGAUCAAGAAAUUUAUUCCUUUCCUACAUAACUAUAUGUUAUGCUAGGAUAAUAUAAAAUUAAAUUGAACAAAUUUUUUGAUUAACGUGAUAUUAUAUUUUUCAUGCUCCUGCGUUUUUUUAUUAUACGUCUUAUUAAGAUUUGAAAUUUUGUUGCAACUUGUAAAAUAACAACAUAUAUAUACAUCUAUAUGUACAUAUGCAUACACGCAUACAUACAAAUGCCAUACACACACACACACACACACACACACACAUAUUAUAUAUAUAUAUAUAUAUAUACAUUAUAUUUACUAUAAAAAAAUGUUUUUAAUGUUGAUGUCGAGUGAGGAAGUCAAGAUUAUCAAAUAAUAAAGGCCUCUGUAUAAUACGAUCGUUACAUAAGUGCAAUGUGUCGGAAUUGUGAUGUUCGAGAUAAUUUGUUCCUCGUUGUCAGUUUUAUUAAUGAAAAGGCUUGACUUUCUUCACACAUACACACACACACACACACACACGUGCGCGCGCGCGCACACACACAUACACAAGUCAAUCAAUGAUAAAAAUAUACAAUUUUUUUAUGUGGAAGCAUACCGCUGAAAUAAGGGGUAUUUAAUUGACUUCUGUAUAUGAAACUCAUGUCGCAUAAUCGAUGAUCGCGCGUAAAGAAGGCAUCGAAUUGCACUUGUCUCUUUGAUGCUUGACUUUCCUCGCGAUCUUAUAGUACAAAGAACAAGUCUAAACUGUCUGUGUUCGGUGUACUCAUUCUCUUCUCUCUCUCUUUUUCUCUCAAUUAUCGUACUGUCAUUAGUCAUGCCGGUGAUGACUUUUAUUAAUAUAUUUUCUAACUUUGGACAUGGUAUACGUCAGCUUGGUUGUCGAGCUUGUAUGAGCCUCUCAUAUCUCAAGUCAAAUCGAGCAAUCCUUCUUUAUGUAAAUUUUGUAAUUUUAGAUACAGAGUACUAAUCAUGUGCCUUGGUACUAAAAUUAAAAUUAAAAGAUUUACAAAAAGUAAAGUUGCUCUGGAGUUUAGCUUUCUUAUAAGAUAAAGUAAAUAAAGGAAUAUACAUUCAAAUAUCUUAGUUGUGUGCGAACAUAUGCGGAAAAGAAAAGAGAAAGUGUGUGACAACGCAUAAUAUUUCUAUGAGUCAGGUAUUAUUUGCGAGAAAUGUCAAUUUAAAAAAAGUUGUCAUGAGAAAAUCAUUCAAAGAAUAGAAUUGUUGAUUUUUAUGAUGCGUGCAAGCUAUUUUAUAUAUUAUUGAUAAGUUACGACGAAAGACAACCAAGCGUUACUACGAUUUAUAUAGUACUUUUAUAUUGUGCACUAUAGUUAUAUUAAAUCUCAUUUAUUAUCACGAAAUGAAAUAGAGAUAUCUCAAUCUUAUCAAAAUGGAUGAAUUAUGUAUGCAUAAUUUUAUUAUUCAUAUAACUUGAUGGACAUUAAAAGACUUGUCUGUGAUUAGAGUUGCAUAUAUUAAAUGGCACUCUUGUAACAUGAAAUUAAAAAAGUGAUGAGAGAUUAAUCCUCUAACUUUUUUUUUAUCUAAAAUUAAAGAAGAAUUUUUCUUUAUGUAUCUUUUAUAUAAUGAAUGACAAUAUUUAUGCGAAAUAUUGAAAAUGAGUGGAUACCAAUGCAACACAGACAGACGGCUCUACAGUUUAUUAAAUAUGCUACAAAGUAAAGUUUACCUUUAUAUGUACCAUUGUAAAUAUCUAUUACGUUAUUAUAUUUUAUACUCUGCUGAUUGCACGUAUAAGACUUUUCGAUUUCUUUCUAUAAAAACAAAAACAAAAGCGAUUAAGUGUGAUUGUAUUUUCUUCUUGUACACCUCUAUGAAUAUAUUAAAUGCAGAAUGUGUGGCACGUUUUGAUGCCGCUUGGAUUUUUGUAAAAUCAAAUUGUAUCAAUUGUAUAUAAUUCAAGCUAUUGAUUUUUGAAAAUUUCAAAGAUUCUUGCUUGGUACGCAAAAAAUGUUUUCUAACAACGUUCUUAACAAUGUUAUAUAUAUUAUAUUGAGAGUCACAAAUGUAUUUUUUUCCUCCUUAAUUUAUAUUAGUUUAUGAUGAAGCUAAGAAAAGCGUAUCGAAACAGGAUAUAUAUGCAGAAUGUAACAGGUAAGCUUUGAUUAUUCGCCUGAUUGUAAAAUUCAAUUUAAUAUUGUAUUUUGAAAAAAAAAAACAAUAAUUAUUUAUGUUACUAUGUAUUGAUGAAAAGACUAAUCAUAAAUUUUCAUUAUAACGUAUAUGGCUUGUUGAACAUUGCACGCUGACAAAAGAAUAGCGUUUUCCGUAAAAAAAAUAAGAUAAAAAAAAAAAACUUUUUAUAUAUUACCUUUCCUGCAGUUUGCUCAAACAAAAUAUAAAUACAUUAUGUAAUACAAUAUCUUAUGAAUAUUCUCAUUAAUUUUAUCAUCGAAGAAAACGAUCCAUAUACGAAUACGUGAAUUAUUUUGAAUGAGUCUUAGCCGGCCGAUAUUUGUACGAGCGAAAAUGUUUGUAAAAAAUUUUCUAAUAUGUAAUUUCAGUGUUUUUCUCUAUCUGUUAAGCACUAUGUAAAUUUCGAUAUAACUAUUAAGAAACGUCAAAUAUGUAAUUCGCGUUCUGCAACACUUCGGUAGGAAAUCCACCUUCACAAAUUAUUUUAUAUUUUUUUUUAUCAUUUUUACCUUGCAUUUAAUUUUCAUUAUACAUUCUUUGGCUAAAUGAAUAUUUUUGCAACAGCAUACAUACACACACACAUACCGAAAUAAUAUUCUAGGAAAAACUAAAAUUCAACAGUCUAUGUAAUCGGAAAAAUCAAUUUGUCGGGUUUUAAAGAUUAAAAAUAUAUCAUGCUCACGAUACAGCAUAAUGUAAUUAUUAUUAUAUAUACACAUAUGUUCUGAAUGUGAUAUCUUUUAUUUUAUAUUAUAAUAGUUUGUCGACUCAAAAGUCGAGAAUAUCUUAAAAUAUACAGAAUUGAUUUCUAGAAAAUGAAUCGUCAUACAUAAUUGUCGAAAUGAUAAAAUGACAAAUAAAUAUUUUAUUUCUUAUUUUAUAUAUUCGGAUGAUUUCUUACCAAGAAAUUAUAAUAAUCAAUGUGUAUAUGUGGAGAUGAAUACAUUAUGAAUGGUCAAAGAAAUUUAGCAAAGAUUUAUAAAAAUGUUUGCAAUCAAAUUGAUUAAAAGAGUACUGAUGUUUAUUUGGUGCAAGAAUUAUUAAUGGCGCAGAGCAUGAUAAAGCUUGACAAAACAAAUUUGUAAAUAAAAUACAAUUUUUUUUUAAUCGGAUAAAUUUUUCAUUUUUGAUUUGGUGAGUGACACAAAUCAAUGUCAACGUCAAGUUUGCAUGAAUUCGGCUAACUGUUAUUAAAUAUUAGUAUAUAUAAUGAAAAAGAAAUGCAAGUAUAUAAAGAAAUUUAGAAAAAAAUAUGUAAUUAUGAUUAAUAAAAAAAUAUAAUAUGUUGGGGGAAAAUUAUAUGUACAUGCAUAGUUAUUGUGUCAAGACUGAAUUAUCAAGACUUCGUAGAAGGUGGAACAUUUUUGUAAAUAAUAUUACCAUCUGGAAGAAAUAUAUAUGUAUUAUAUGAAUAUUA